AUGCAGAAGGAGUUCACCACCAUAAACAAGGAUGGGAAGACUGUGUGGGAACCAGGCUUGCCUGCGACUGUUACGGCCCGGCGCCAGCAUCGGCCCCAAAAGGGGGCCCCCGUGGUGGACGAGGUGCCAGUGACUUGCGACCUGCGCCUGACGCUGAAGAUGCCGGGCUCGAGCAAAGCGGAGUGGCUGGAGAAGGCCCUCAAAGCGAUGCCUGGCAAGGCGAAGGUGCAGGAUGUCUUCAACAUUAUCACCCAUCCGAAGUUUUCGUCCGGAGUUGCCGAGAAGUAUGGCAAGCGGAUGCUUCAAACUGUCGCAGAGAGCAUGGACUUGUUCUCUGACAAGCAGCGCAUCACUUUGUCCAGGUGCAAGCUGGUGGAGCUGUUUCAGCCCGGGGGUGCCGGAGAG